AUGAACAAAUAUUUAAUAACAUUAAUAUUCUCAGUUAUAACAUUAGCAACUAUUGCCUAUGCUCAGGUAAUCCCAGCGCCUAUCCCGGUGUUUGAGCCCCAGAUCGCCCUUGGAUGUUUGAUCAUGUCAUACUCUGGUUACUGUCAAGAGAACGUUCUCCAGGCAUUCCCCUGUCCCAACUGUGCAAAGACACCUGCCUGGAACUCAUUCUUUGGAGGCAAGGUCCCAUCCAACAUUGUCCAAGGUGAAGGUCUAGAAUGGUACAGUUUCGAGUUUGGUUUGGCUUUCUACUUUGCCACUAUCAGAGACAAUACUGCUGCCGUUCUAACUUUUAGAGGAACUGAUAACAGAUGGAAUAUUGCUGAGGACCUUUUGUUCAUGCAACGAUCAUACCCAUGGGUUGCUGGAGCAAGAGUCCACAGAGGUAUCUACAAUGCCUGGGAUGACAUUAGAUUUUUGGUUAUGACUAAGCUCAGAAGGUUUAUGAACGAGAAGUGUCUAACUUGUUCCACCAUCUAUGUCACUGGUCACAGUCUUGGAGGUGGUCUUGCUACCUUCGCUGCCAUUGAUGUCGCCAAAGCUUACCAACCACAAGGUAUUAAUGUGAUUGCUUACUCAUUCGGAUCACCAAGAGUUGGUAACAUGGCAUUUGUUCAACACUUCCAAAAAAUUGUUCCAAACAACUUCCGUGUGGUCAAUGGUCUUGACAACAUCCCCCAUAUGCCUCUGCCAAGAUUGGACCUCGACGUGUUUGGUGAGACUGACUACAUCCACGUGACCAACGAGGUGUGGCUGCACAGCAAUGUCACUGGACCAGAGAGUGCCUUUGUCUACAACACCACAUUGGAGUGUCAAGGCAAUGAGAACCCCAGCUGCAGUGCCAGUGCCCAGAUCCCCUGGACUGACUUUGACAGCAGCUACCUCUUCUGGCGUUACCAUCGCAGCUACUUUGGAUUCUACCUUCCAAGUUACUGCCAUGGUUGGUUCCAAACCCCUAUUCUUGAGUCUGGUUCCAACACAAACACCGUCUCCACUAAUACUACUACUCUUUAA